AAAUUUGUGUUUGUUCUAAAACGCAGUUAAAAUCGUUCUAUUCGCUUUCGAAAAACGAGACUUAUUAUAACUCACGUUUUUCGAAGACGAAUGUCUUCUAUUUCAGUAUUAUGUAUUGAUGUCGAUUUUAUUGCUAUAAGCGGAAAUAUAAUUACGCAUUGCACUCUUUAAAAUAAAUUAUAUGACGUAAUAAAUAUGAACACUCUGAUUAUAUGUUUUCGGUAAAAGAAUCAAUUCUCUGCUCACUAUCCAUCUAUUUUUAAUACAUCUUUGCUAUUGAGCGAAUAACUUAAUGAUUACUUUCCCAAUUAUAAUAAUGAUGACAUUUGCAGGGGAUACAUGAUAAAAAUCGCAUUCAUUUUAAAUGUUUAGACAUACAAUUCCUGUUAAAUAAAGAUCAUAAAUACUCAUCAUCAUGUUUAUCGAAUACCUUAUCCAAGAAUUCAAGUCAUUAAUAUUCUCUCCAAAUGUUAAUUGUUUCAAUUAAAAUAUUCCACGAUCUUCCUAUAUCACGUGUCUACUAACUUAACAGCGGGAUAUUUAAAGGAGAAAUUGUGUAAAAUAAUUAAUUAAUUCUAUUUAUAAAGUUAUGAACUCGUAAGUCAAAGUAUCUACGAGUAUUGUAGGUAUAAUAUAGAUCAACGCUGUUUUGAUAAUACAAAACCAUCGAUUAAAUUAGAUUUUUUUUCACCUCACUUUUGUAAGUUACUGUACGGGUGUAGCUGUCAUACUCGUUGACAGCACAUUUUAGAGGUUAUGUUUCUUUCAAGAAAGUAACGAAUUUACGUUGAUUUUUCGACUAAUUUGUAAAAAUGUCGAGCGUGGAUGAAAGGCAGGAAGGUACGAUACUCCGCGAAUUGGUAAAACACAUCAAAUCGGAAUCGAAGAGUGGCAUUUUGUCGUGUUUGAUAAGACUCAAAAACGACUCUAAGUGCUUCAAGCAUUUCGUUAAAGAUGGUGGCCUGGGUAUUUUAAUUAAUUUACUUAAUUAUCAAAAUAUGAAAAUAUUAAAUGUUACUUUGAGUAUCUUGGCGAACGCUUGUAUGACUUCUGACACCAGGGAGAAGGUGAGGGAAUCCAAAAUAGCAAGUCGAGUAGUUUGUAUAAUAAAGCAUAUCAAACUUGGAAAUACCAUACACUGCCGUGCAUGUAGACUGAUUGGGAAUUUGGCAGAAUGUGACUGGCAUGCACAAUCAUUAUGCAAGGCUGGUGCUAUUCAAGCUUUAGUAGAACUUUUUAAAGUAGAUAUAAAUAUGCAAACUUAUUUAAUGGGUAUUAGGGCUAUAAGGAAUAUUUGGAGUAUGUACGAGGGUAGUAGAGAAGAAAUUUUAGAGUCUGGAAUAAUAUGUAGAAUUACAAAUAUAUUAGUCUCUACAAAAGAGCAGUCGGAAAUAGAUAAAAAGUAUCUAGAAUUAAUAGAAACUUGUUUAAAAGCAAUGUGUGCUUUUUUGUCCACGUCCGAUCCCCGAGUCGGGGAACAAAUGCGGGGAGAGAAAGACUUGCAAGGAUAUAGAUGUAUUGUACAAUGUUGCGAUACAAACAACAAAGUGGCGAUUAAAUGUUUGUACAAUCUUUGCCAAAUCGCUGAGUGUCGACCUAUUCUUGGCAAUUCUGGUGCUGUCGAAACUGUUAUUGCUCUCAUUAAGGAUCGAUCGGAAUUAUCUAAGGAGACGUUAGCCAGUUUAUGCGUAUUUUGUAGAGAGGCUGUAAAUCGUUCACGAGUCAGACUGGGAUUUGGCUUAGAAUUAAUGUUGUCUUUGUUAAGAGAUCCCAAGCACGAGAAGUUUCAUCCAAUGCUUCUGCAUGCUCUGGCACAAUUUAUUUACGACAGUCCAAGCAUUGUGAUUAUGGUAAAAAAUGGUCUGCUCGACGUAAUUGUUACCAGAUUAAAGAAGAUGGUAACUGAAACAAUGUUUAGUGAAGAGACUAACGCUUCGAAAAAAAGAGGCCGGGACUCUCCUUCUGGCAAACAAAUUGAAUCGAAGUACAACAAGAUGAGCUUGGGACGAUUUAGUUCAGAUUAUUAUCGGGACGAUUGGAGCCCGGGCAGCGCUGCUAGUGUGUCAUCCUCGCCUCCUAGCACACCGCCGUUGCCUUUCUACGACUCUGUUGAGAGCGACGAAAAUACCGAAGAUAAUUACAGUCCAGUUUGUAGCGAUACAGAAAUGUUGGACAACGAAGACGAGCCCCAAGCUGAAGUUGAAUCAUUGAAAAGCUGUAAGUCGAUGACAGACCCAGAUGAGUGUCGGAACUCGGAGAAGGGAAACAAGUCGAAUAUCUGGGAAUAUGCAAAUCUGUGGACACUAGUGCUGUUAAGUCGAUUAAGUCAUUCAGAUGAUCCAAUCGAUAGAUUAGCUGACCCUGCAAUUAUCGAAGCUCUGUCGGCUUAUAUCAAACACGCUAAAAAUCCAAGAGCGUCCAGAAUCUUAAUUAGGAUCAUAAGGAAUGGAGCAUAUUUAAUACCGUUACUGAAACAAGGCUUCGUCUUCGAGGCUCAAACAUUAUACGGUUCGGAACAAUACACGCGACAAUUAUGCGCCCUAGCAGAAACUGGAGGAGCAAUAGGCGAGCUUACAUCUAUACUACUUCGUGGAGAGGAAACUCAUAAACUGAUCAUCGCGGUUUCGAUACCAUUUCUGAUCAAGUCUCGAUAUACUCUCAAGUCAUUGUUAAACAAUCACGGUGGCCUCCGAUUAAUAUUUCGUGUGUUAUCCGAUAAGCAACACAGCCUCUACGAGAACGCAAUUUGGUCUAUUUGCCGGUUAGCAACCACGUUGGACGUUCAACCAGAGAUUAUAGAGAAGUAUCAAAUCGCGUACACGGCGUCGACCGAUUUUCCAAAAGUGUACGACAGCCAUCCGAAACCUGCGACGGUCACGUUCGAACUGGACGACGGCACGACUGUCGAUGCUUGCAGACAGACGUUGUGUCAAAAAUCGGACGCGUUUUCCGCGAUGCUCGAAGGUAAUUUCUCGGAAUCGGGCAAGAAAUGCGUGAAAUUGCGGAACACGUCGAAAGAGGGUCUGGACACGUUGUUACUGGCUCUGAACGGAGCUACUUUCGAGAACAGAACGAUCGAGUCUCUGUUGGACGCAGUGUUGCUGGCUGACAAGUUUCUAAUGGCUGACGUGUCCGACAUUUUAACGGAGAGCUCUAUCUCGAAAUUAAAUUACGAGAACUUCGGCAGGGCUUGGAAUUGGGCGAGAAUGAACUCGUGUCAUGAACUGAGAUCUUGCUGCAUCAAAAGGUUUCUGACAGCGUCGAUGACCAAGUCCGAAACGGUUCAAGCAUUUCAAAAUUUUUUUAUCACCGGUUGUUUUCACGAGUUUUUGAACGAAAUCAAGGAAAUUAUUAAUAGCGUUUUGUGCCAAUGCUAACGAAUAAUUAAUUGUGAUAUUUAAUAGGGAAGACUCAGUUAGUAAGACUUUUAUACGAUAAAACAUUUUAUUAAUCCAAUCAUGCUUAAUGUGAAUAUAUUUUAAAACGUGGAAUUGAUCUAUAUUGAUAAUUAUAUAAUUUGUAGAUGCAAUUUGAUUAAUUAUAUAUACACAUAAACAAUUGUAAUUGUAUAUACUAUUACGUGUAUGGAUUAUGUAUAGCGGCGAUAGUAUUUGGAUCUAGUUUAUUCGAUAUAAAUGUUUACGGGUCAAAUAUUGUUGCUUUUAAUAGACAAAUAAAGAACGUGCAAAAGAG